AUGGAUUUCGUAUCAAAAUCGUCCAGGUUUGAAUAUAACUACGAGGAAAUGUUGGCUUUGUCUUGUGAUUGUAAUUUCUGCGGCAGAAAAAUGCCUACAGAAGCUUCAUUGAGGAAUCACAUCGAGUAUAAACAUUGUAGAUCUCAGUACACGGAUGCACUUAGUUUUGCAACUUCCGGGGGGUUGAGUGAUAUGUCCUCGGGAUCAAAAGUCAGUGGUCCAGUGGAAACGUUGGAAAAAACGUUUGCUUGUAAUUAUUGCGGUAUGUCUUUCAUAACGGAGACACAACUUUGGGAACACGUCGAAUCAGAUCACCGCAAUCCUCGAGAAACACUGAAAUGUAAGAUACCAGGUUGUGGUGGUGUCUUCUACGAUCCAGUAUCCAUUCAGGAUCAUAUCCGUUAUCACUUGAUACGCAAUUUAAUGUGCCAAACUUGUGGUGAAUAUUUCAUGUCGCGCUCUUCAUUGCGCAUACACAAGGCGAAUAAUCACAAAAGUUCGGACAAACACAUAUGCAAUGCUUGCUGUCAAAUUUAUGACACUCUUAAGGCGUUGCAACAUCAUCGGUGUUUUAUGCAUCGCAUAGCUCUGAAAUCGGUGCCUCGCGUUAUAGAUACGCAUCAACGUGUAAAACGUAAGAUUAAAGGACCACGGUGGCAAAGAAAGCAACAAAUAAUCGCAUUUUUAGCGAAGAUCAAUAACAACUCAAAAGUUGUUACUAAACAGAUCGACGACAAAGGAGUCGUAAACACUCAAUUGUCUGGAAAAUCGGAUAUUCAGCCCGGACUUAAAUCCGAACAGUUUCAAUUUCUGCCACCGCCGGCCAUUAAAAAUAUCGCUUGUAGUUCAUGUGAUGAAAAGUUUGAGAGCACAAAUGCUCUUCAGCAACAUUUGCAUGAAGUGCUUGACUUUUGCGGCAACACCAUGUUGGUUUCUUCAAAAAUCACUAGACUCGUUGCAUAG